CUGACACUGGAACUGCGGACCGGCGUUGCAGCGGGCUGGCUGGCUGGCUGCGUCGCUGGCUGUUGUGGAAACACAGGAGCAACGCUCGCCGAGUGGAGAUGAGAUGGCCAGGUCAGCCAGUGAUGGGGAGCCCGAGCAGCCGGUCGCCGGCUCCGGCGAGGCGCUGGAGCCGCAGGUACUCCCCUUGGACGAGAUCCUGAGAGCGUACGAGCAGCCGGUCAACGAGGAGCAAGCGUGGGCUGUGUGUUACCAAUGCUGCCGCUCUCUGCGCACACACUGGCCCCGGGAACAGGUGCGGGUCGGCCGCGUCCGGGAGCUCGCAGCCAUCCUCCUGCACAGGGAUGGCACCGUGUCCUUCUGCGGGGAACAGAGGAGCUCAGCACUUGCAGAUUCAAAGAUGAAAAUGUCCCCUCCAUUAUGUACAGAAAGACAGGUAGUCCAGUCCCUUGGGUUUGCUAUUUACCGCGCGCUGGACUGGGGUUUGGAUGAGAAUGAGGAACGGGAGUUGAGCCAGCAGUUGGAGCAGCUUAUUGACCAGAUGGCAAACAAUGACUCUGAAGGCACCAAUGGCAUCGCUGAUGAAGGAUACAGUGGGCAGGAUGAUGACGAGGAGGGUGAUGCCACUCCACGCCCAAUCAGUACGUUUGAACAAGUCAUUAAGGCAUGCACUGAACAUCUCGUGGACAAAAGUGAAGCUGAUGCACAUUUUCAAGCUGUCUGCAAGGCUUUAUUUGCGGAAACAUUGGAGUUACAAACAUUCCUCGUGAAAAUCAAGGAAGCUAAAGAGCUGCUGAAGAAGAUGCAAGUUGGAGAGUCACAGGAGAUGCCACUUGUAGAACUGGACAACCUCAAUCAUACAGACUGGGCUCGGAUUUGGGUGCAGCUGAUGCGAGAUCUCCGCCAUGGUGUCAAACUGAAGAAGGUUGAAGAAAAGCAGUACAACCCCCUCCCUACGGAAUACCACCUUACACCAUUUGAGAUGUUAAUGCAGGACAUUAAAACUCAGAAAUAUAAACUACGCAAAGUCAUGGUUGACGGUGACAUCCCUCCGUGUGUAAAGAAGAAUGCCCAUGAACUCAUUCUUGACUUUAUAAGAUCACGGCCUCCUUUAAAACCGGUCUCUGAGAGGAACUUGCGGCCCAAGCCACAGAAGCCACGCAGUCUACAUGAGCGAAUCCUAGAAGAGAUCAAAUCAUCAGAGAGAAAGCUUCGGCCAGUGCAGAUUGUUGGAAGAAAGAAAAACAAAGAGCCAACAUUUGGAUCUCUACCGUGCCUGGUGCACGCCUGCACUGAAGAGCUGAAGUCAACUUCAUGCAUCGAUCUCUCAAUCCCUGAGGCAAUGGGAACUGCACAGAGACCCAGACCCAAGGUUCUACUGAAAGCACCAACACUGGCUGAAAUGGAUGAAAUGUGCAUUUCAGAGGAAGAAGACUCACCAAAUGGAGAGAUACGAAGGGUCAUCAGCUCGCCAGUUCCCUUAAAACGCGAUCGCUCAUUCUCAGCUGAAUUACAAUCCAAAUCGGCCUAUCUCUCAUCAAAGGACACCCACACAAAGUUGCAUUCAGUCACUGACUCUGUACCUGGAGCUGUGUCCCAGUAUAAAGUGGAACAGAACGAGGAGAUGUGGCCCGCGGUGGCUCAAAGAAGUCGUUCUUCUUCAGCAAGGGGAGUUAUCCUGCGUACCUCAAGGGGUGCUUCAGAGACUCGUUCAAACGUAACCAAACGCCAGUUGAUGGAAGAAUUCAGUCACCCAGUGGAAAGCCUGGCUCUGACGGUGGAAGAAAUAAUUAAUGUUCGUAAAGUCUUGGUAAAAGCUGAAAUGGAAAAGUUUCUGCAAAACAAAGAUCUUUACAACAACCUGAAAAAGGGGAAGGUCUGCUGUUGCUGUAAAACAAAGUUCCCCAUGUUCUCGUGGCCUUCCACAUGUCUCUUUUGCAAAAGGUCAGUUUGUGGUACCUGCAUUUUGAAGAUUAAGAUCCCUUCCAAGAAAUUGGCCCAUAUACCCGUCUACACACUGGGGUUUGAGAAUAUCCAAGCAAUUAGUCAGACAAAAAUGGCCCUGGCAAAAGGCUUCUUCCAAUCCCAGUCUCUGAGGAAUCUGAGUAAGCGGUCGGUAGAACAGGAAUUUCCGCACCUUUACACACACGGCUGUAGCUUCAAAGAUGUCUGUGCCGAAUGCGCAAAGUUUGUCGCGGAUGUCAUUAACUCAAGUAGAAAAAGUAUGGACCUCCUGAAUAAUAGUCCUUCGAGGAGAGUGCAGUCGAUGUACAUGUGCUCCACAAGAUCCUGAGGAAAGUACAAGCAACAACAGAUUGUAUUAUAAUCACCGCAAGAUGUCAGCUAAAGAGGCCACUGUAUGAGCUGUGCUCAUUCCCAGACCAACAGUGUGCAGUGCAUCAUGGGUGUUCCCUGUACAUUCUGAUCAACCGCUAACAUGACAUAUGGCAAGGAUGAAGGAUGCAAAAUAUACUCAAGUUUAUACGUCAUAUUUAACAUGCUCAUGGUAAAACACUUUCAACGUUGAUGCAAGAGGCUGCUGCUGGAUGCACGUGGGACUUUCUAGGAGUUCUUGGAUUUGGAGACGUCCUUUUGUAUUUGAGAUGGCGGUGUAUUCUGAAUGUUACAUUCUUGCUGUCAACCAAAGCUAACCAGGGAGAUUGUAGUGGUGAAAAUGUUGAAUAUUUGAAACGCCUCCAUCUUGACGCAAGAGACCAGGUCAGGUUGCAAUCCUUGGGGUUUUUUUCUCCCCUAAUUUUAACUACAAUUGAUUUACUAUUCCUUUCUCCCUUUUUAUUUUCUUGCUUUCAUCUCUAAUCACUAAUAGCUUUGUUUCCUGGAUAUAAAAUCAUCUUCUGCAAUUUAAAUACUGUAAUAUUGGAAACGGUAUUAUGCCUUUUACUGGAGAGUGUGUUUUGGGCUUGUAUCCAAAACCAGCACAGCAACUCAUUAUAUACAGGUCAAAUCAUAGACUGUAUAAAUUGGGUACCAGUGCAAUUCUCACAUUGUUGUCCCUGCCAAUUUAAACAUUGGAUUGACAUUUCUCCGCAUUGUGCUGUGGAGGUACACAAGACCUAUCGCAGUAUAUUAAAGCAUCAGAAUGUACACUGCUUUAGGAUAGGCUCUGAUGGUUCUUAUAUUUUACAUUCCUGGUUCUGUUGUGCUUCACUGAACACAGAAUAAAUGACAUAGCGUUGAGCUCUACUCCAGAUAAAGGAGUGAUAUUAGGAAAGACUGGUUGAAAUUCAAAGUGGUUUGUUGUAAUUAGAACGAUUACUUAAUUUGCCGAGCCUUAAGAACAAAUUGAACAUCCCUUUGCCUGGCUUCUGCAGUUCCAACUAAUUUUCAUUUUGCUGUGAAAUUUGAAGACCAUGUAGUGCACUUGUUUAUCAUUGGGCAGAAAGAAACCUUCUAUUAAACACUGCAAUUAUUAGCAAGGAUCCCAUUUUGGUACAGGAGCUUCUGGAUAAAUGCACUAUAAAAGCUCUGAAUUUGUGAGUUACAAGAACUGGUGCUUAUUUUUGUAAAUUGUUCUACAUCAAGUAUUAAAGUUCUUCUAUGUUUUUAAACAUAGAUUUUUCUUUGGAAUUAGUAAAACAGUAAGCAGCCAGCCACCUUUAAUGUCUCCUCAGUAUUUUCCUGCAUCAUCUGGGAUCGAUUAUUCAGAAUUUCACAGUAAUAUGAAAGGGACAUCAUUAUUGAUGAAGCUAAAUAUGGAAAAUGGUUAUCUUGGUCUCACAAAAUAAUGUAAAAUCUAAACAAUUUUGUAUGCAAGUUCAACAGAAUAUAAACCUAAUACUCUUGAAUCAUCUUUGUCCAAAACACAGACCCACAAUACUCAACCUACAGUGGUUUUGGUUGAUUGUCUUUUUUCACCUUCAUUUGUUUAUUGCAUUCAGAGAAUAUCAGGCAAUGAGAUGAGAUACUUAUGCCCCUGUCCCACUUAGGAAACCUGAACGGAAACCUCUGGAGACUUUGCGCUCCACCCAAGGUUUCCGUGCGGUUCCCGGGGAUUUUUGUCAG